CUUACAUUCGAGAUCCCCGCAGUGAAACCAAUUCAAACUCACAGCAAGUGGAGCCAACAUAGAUACCACCGAUAUACAAAUUCUCUCAUCUAAUUUAGUUCGUCAACACCGUAUCCGUGCAUUGCAUAAGUAGCCAGCAAUUCCUUUCACUCGGCCAGAACCAUAGCCCUCGCUCGACUUUCACCACCUAGACCAUCUAUCAUGGAAGCAGUGGCAGGAGCCCUCUACGCCGCCGACAACCUCCUUCAAGGUGCAGCCGCUCUGGCAACAGGAAUUCUCUACCCGACUCUCCCUCUGAAAUCAAAUAUAUCUCACAUCACCUCCGUCCCCAUACCCAUCAGCCAGCACACCAUUUCCGUAGUCAAAGGCCGCGCGUACAUCUUUGGCGGCGAGAACGCCCCAGGCCAAUUAGCAAACAAUGACAUGCACGUCGUGAUUCUCCCCUCCAGCGGCGUUCUGGAAGCAGACUACACGACGAUAUCUCCGCGGGCAGCCGUAGCCGGCGGCGCAGUACCCGCUGCCAGGAAGGGCCACACUGCCGUCGUGAUCGGUGACACGAUAUAUGUCUUCGGCGGCGAGGGAGUCCCUGAACCGGAGAAUGGAAGGGUUUGGGCGUUCAGUACCGUGGCGAACAGUUGGAGCUAUCUUGACCCUUCGCCGGGGACGCUUUUCCCGUCACAGAGAACGGGACAUGCAGCUGCGGGCGCGGAUUUCCCGGGGCCAAGGGAUGUGGUGUUCAAGGAGCGGGCGCCGCAGCAACCGGCUGACCCUGCGAAGGCCGUGCCUGAGCCGGCGGAUGACGAUUCAUGGGGCACGUUGUUCGUGGUCGGUGGAAAGGACGUCGAGAAGGGCGAGCUGCUCAAUGACGCACUAGCGUUCGAUAUCAGAACGAGGAUGUGGUCGAACGUUCCCAGUCCUCCAGGUCAACCGCGGGAGGGCGCUUCCAUAGACGUCGUGGGCAAGAGAUUGUAUCGAUUCGGCGGGAAGGGCGUCGAGACGUUUGCGUCUGGCGGAAUGGACUUCGUGGAUGUCAGUCCUGUGUGGAAACAUGCCGAGGGUGGCACCACGCCAUUGACGACCGGUUGGGAUUGGGAGGAGAUUCGGGUUGGCGAGGGCGAUGCACCGCAGGCUAGAUCAUCCGCAGGCUUGGUCAGUGUUACGACCGGCCAGGGCCGUCAUUAUCUUCUCAUUAUUGGUGGCGAGGGGGAGACGUCCACUUUCUUUGAUGAUAUAUGGUCUUUCCAGCUUCCGCCUGAGGGGUAUUCGGCUGCGGCGGUCAAGGAUCAAACUAGGGCGGCUAUCAAGAAAGACACGUAUGAGGGGAAAUGGGCGGAACUGAACUACAAAUUCGUAGAUGCGACUGGCGAGGAGACGAAAGAGAUUCCAGGGCAGCCGAAGCGUGGGCUGGGUAUCAGGGGUCAUUUUGCAGCGACAAAGGGCACAGAAGUUGACGGUGCGAGCGUUGUUGCUUGGGGUGGUGUGGAUAAGGACGGCAAGGUCCUCGGGGAUGGAUGGCUCAUCACUGUAGAGAGGUAGCGAGGCGUCAUAUCUAUGUUCUUCUACUCAUAUGUAACAUUAGGCCUUCAUGAACUUCCAGCGAGAAACAAUAAAUCAAUACCAUGGAUUAUACGUGACCAUAA